CUAAAAUCCUACCAUUUCGUUUUACCUCUCUUUGACUGCCAUUAACGCAGCUACUGCUACAGCUCUCCUGAUAUCGCCCUGCAAUCCCUUCCUUUCGACCUUAAGCAGUUGGAUUGUCUCGUGUCCUCCUUGUUAGAUCGCGUUGAGCUAAAAUGGGGAGGAAAGAUAAGGCUAAGAUGAAAAAGAAACAAAGAGACAAUGAGAAGGAAGAAGUUAAAGUUAGUGCACGGGAUAGCAUCGCCGCUACUGGCUCACGAAACAAGAAGGAAGUGAAAGUCAUAAAUGAUGAUCGUUUUGUUUCAAUGCAUUCUGAUCCAAGAUUCCAGGCAGUUCCAAAUCAACAGUCGAAGGUUACUAUUGAUAAGCGAUUUAAGGAUGUGCUGUCGAAGGGAUUCUCAUCCUCUUCUGCUCGUGUUGACAAGAGAGGUAAGACGAAAAACAUGAACUCCGAAAACCCUCUACGCCAUUACUAUCGCCAGGACGAAGAAGAGAAUAAGAAGGAAGACCAGGAAAGUGAUGACGAUGAUGAAAAUGAGAAGAGUGGAAAGAAUGAGAAAGCCAAAGUGCAAAAACAUGAUCUUAAGAUAUUGAAGUCUGACUCUGAUAGUGAAUCCGAGGAGUCGGAAUCAGGAGAGGAGUUAAGCGAUGAUACAUCGUCUUCGACUGGUUCUGAUACUGAUGAGGAUGAUGCAGGUUAUUUGGAAGAUGUACCUGAGGAGCCGGAAGAAAACAUACCUGUGAUUGAGCAAGAGACUCGUAGACUGGCGAUUGUUAACAUGGACUGGAGUCAAGUUCGGGCUGCUGAUCUAUUUGUAGUGAUGAGUUCCUUUCUUCCUAAAAGUGGGAAAAUUGUGUCUAUUGCUGUGUAUCCAUCUGAGUUUGGGCUUAAGCGUAUGGAAGAGGAAGCAGUGAAGGGUCCAGUUGGUUUAUUUGACAACGGCAAAGAGAAGAGUGACGACGACGACGACGACGAUGAUGGUGAUGAUGAAAUUGACGAAGAAAAGUUGCGUGCUUAUGAGAAAAGUCGCCUAAGGUAUUAUUAUGCGGUUGUGGAGUGUGAUUCGAGCGAUACAGCAGAUUACCUGUACAAAAAUUGUGAUGGUAUUGAAUUCGAAAGAACAUCAAAUGUGUUGGAUCUGCGGUUUAUACCCGAUUCUAUGGAAUUUAAGCAUCCCCCGAGGGACAUCGCUACAGAGGCACCUACGAAUUAUGAAGGUAUAGAUUUUCAAACUCGUGCACUGCAGCAUAGCAACCUUGAACUUACGUGGGACGAAGAUGAGCCACAACGUAUUAAGGCCCUGAAACGAACUUUCAAUGCUGACCAGCUUGCUGAAUCGGAGAUGAAUGCUUAUUUAGCUUCUGAUGUAAGUGAUGAUGAUGAUGAUGAAGAUGAGAUCGACGCUCAGGAUGACCAAUCCAAAGAAAAGCUUUCUAAAGCAGAGAAGUAUCGGGUUCUCUUUGAGAAGGGUGAUGAGGGUUCAGAUGGAGGAGAUGAUGAUGAGGAUGGGAACAAGGAUAUGGAGGUUACUUUCAAUACUGGAUUAGAAGACUUAAGUAAGCGCAUUCUUGAGAAGAAAAAGGACAAGGAGUCUGAAACAGUGUGGAAUCAGUAUCUUAGAAAGAAGAGUGAGAAAAAGAAGGCAAGAAAGAACGCUUCUAAGCACUCGUCAGAGGAUGAGAGUAGUGGCAGUGGUCGAGAUGAAGCUGAACAGGAUGACUUUUUCAUUGACGAAUCUGCAGUUAAAUUCAGGAAGGGGGGUAAAAAUAAUCGCAAGGAAAAGCAGCUUGAAGAUACAGAUAAGGAACAUGAAGCCAGCAAAGCAGAACUGGAAUUACUUCUCGCUGAUGACCAGGAGGCAAACAACGGUUUAAAGGGAUAUAAUAUUAAACGUAACAAAGCUAAGGGGAAAAAGGAAGAUCCGUCCGAAGAUAAAAUACCCGCGGCUGAUUACACCGAUCCUCGAUUUCAAAAUCUUUAUAAAUCUCCUCUUUUUGCGUUGGAUCCUACAGAUCCACAGUACAAAAGAAGUGCAGCUUAUGCUCGUCAAGUGGGAGCACAGAAGCAAAAUGGUGUCCAUGGAGAUUUAGGCAAUGGGGAAGAAUUGACACCACAAGUUCAAUUGUCCUCCGACAACUCUGUGCCCGGCAAAAAGGUGGAGGAUGACUUGAAAUCUGAGGAAAUGCCAAGUUCUUCAAAGAAAGAGAAGCUCGAGCUUUCAUCCUUGGUCCGAUCUCUUAAGAGGAAGUCUCAACAAGCUCAAAUUCCGUCUUCCUCCGAUAAACGUUCAAGAAAAAACUCAGAAUCCAAAGCCCAUGGUAAAUCGAGUAACAAUAAUGAGGAUAACGGACUUUCAUCUAUGGUUCAUUCUAUCAAGAGAAAGAUCAAGAAGUGAGAAGAUUAACAUGGAGUAGCCAUUCCAUUCCAUCUCCAUGUAGCUGUUCUCGGACAUCCGAUAAUCUCUUAGGAAUCCUCAAAUUUUCGUGUCCUUUGAUUUUCUCUGUCAUGUAUGACCCUCCUCAUGGAUAGAAAACUCUAGGUCUGAAGGCAGUUGUUGCCAGAAUUUCUGUUCUCCUUCUUCAUGAAUUCUGCAAAGCAGAAAGUUGCAAUUUUAUUUAUUUACUUGAUGAAUGAUACAAGAUGCGAUGAGUAUUUUCUUUUUUUUAUGAAA